CUCACCUAACCCACAAUAAUACCUAAUCACGAAGUCUGGAAAACAAGCUCAGAGACGGGGGACACCUGCUUGAGUCCCCGCAUAAUAUAGAAAUAAUAAACAAGCGACUUCACCUUCUUUUCGCCUUGAGCUCUCCAACACUUCCUCAAGCAUCCAAAUCUUCCAGGAUUUGCAAUGUCGUACUCGCCGCCCAAUUCCGCUAAGCCAUUCACCCUCGCCAUCUCGGACAAAGACUACUCGGAAUUCAAGCAGCUCCUCCAACUCUCCAAAAUCGGGCCCGUGACCUGGGAAUCUCAACAAGAAGACCGCCGCUAUGGCGUCACGCAUAAAUGGGUCACCGAGACCAAAAACUACUGGCUGAACCAGUACGAUUGGCGUGCUCAAGAGAAACACAUCAAUUCCUUUCCGAACUAUACCAUGUCCAUCAAGGAUGGUGUGGGCGGGGAUAUCACAGUUCACUUUGUAGGAAUAUUUUCGAAGAAGAAGGAUGCGGUUCCAAUUGUCUUCAUGCAUGGCUGGCCAGGAAGCUUUAUCGAAUUCCUUCCCAUGUGUGAUCUCAUUCGUGAGAAGUACUCGGCUGAUAACCUUCCAUAUCACAUUGUCGUUCCGUCACUACCUGGAUACACUCUUAGUUCGGGCGGGCCGCCACAUAGUGAUUGGAGAAUGCAAGAUAGCGCUCGAGUCAUUAACCAAGUGAUGCAGAAUUUGGGAUUCAGCAAGUACAUUGCCCAGGGAGGCGAUGUUGGUAGUUUCUUAGGGAGGGUGUUGGCGCAGGAGUAUGACUCGUGUGUUGGGGUUCAUUUGAACAUGAUGAGCAUGAAGCAGCCGCCAGAACCAAACGAUUCCAUGUCUCCACUAGAAAGGGGAGCAACCGAGCGAGCAGCAAAGUGGAGACAACGUGGAACCGCAUACGCACAAGAGCACGCCACACGCCCAAACACUAUCGGCUUUGCUCUGUCCUCUAGCCCGCUUGCGCUCAUGGCAUGGAUUGGCGAGAAACUGCUCGAAUGGUCCGAUUCCGACCCCAGCCUCGACACCAUAUUAACUAACGUCUCACUCUACUGGUUCACGCAAGGCUUCCCGCGGUCCAUCUACCCCUACCGCGAGCUCUUCUCCACGAGCCGGCCCGAAUUCUCCUAUCUCACCAAACCCUUCGGAUUCUCUUUCUUCCCACAUGAACUCAUGCCCGGCAUCAAGAGCGCCGUCGAGAAGGAAGGGAACCUCGUGUUUUAUAAGCAGCACGAGAAGGGUGGACAUUUUGCUGCGCUGGAGAGACCAAAGGAGAUCUUGCAGGAUGUGGAGGAGUUUGUCAAGGUGGCUUGGAAGGUAUAGGUUCUUAGUCUGUAUCAUUGUUCUGCGGAGUGGAGAAAGGCAAACUGACGGAAUAAAGGAUAUCGAUGUAGUGGCUGGAGCUAAGCUGUAGAGCUUUGCUAAAGUGUGGGAGUUUGAUGGCCCUUGCAUGAAUUAUUUUGAGAAAAAUAAGUGCAGCCACCGCGGGCCGUGGAAGGGGCUAUGCCUGGCUCAAAAAUGAACAGACGACCCUGCAUAUGAG